AUGUCAACUAUUGAGAAAUCCAUUGAAUGGAUCAAAAUCUUCAAGAAUAAAUGGAUUGAAGAAAAUGUUAAAAAUAAAAUAUUAAAAAAGACAUUAUUAAAAAAACUCAUAGAAUUAGAAUUAAUAUUAGAAAAUAAAGCCAACAAUGUGGAAGAAGAACAAAAGCGAUCUGAAUUACUCGCUGACAGUAGCGAAACGAGUGAGAAAGAAGAAUCAACAAAAUCGUUAGCUAAAACCACAACAACAACAACAGUCAAUGAAGAAAAACAUCAACGUUCAACAUUAAUUAAAGACAGUGAAGAAGAACAUUAUUCAUCAUCAAAAUCAAAAGAAACACAAAGUGAAACAGACAGUGACGGUAUUUUUGAAGAUUGCGUUAUUCGAAUUAAACGCGUUCCUGAUGCACUUGCUGAAAGCUCGUUUCCAGAUAUUACUUCCCCCACUCUAUCACUUCGUCGUCGUCAUCAUCGUCAACCAACACAAUCCAGUGAAAAUGGAUCAUCGUCAAAUACUCCACAAGUCAGAAAAAAAAUUUUAAAAUUAGCAACAUCAACUUCAGACACAAGUGAUAUCGAUAAUCAGAAAUCAAAACCAAAACGCAAACAACGGAUUGAGAGCAAAUCAUCUACCAAGUCAUCAUUAUUAUUAACUAACAAUGAAAAACAAGUUGAUGUAACAGAAGACGAUAAAACAGAAUCACAUUCUAAAGAACGUCUUGUUUCAAAUUCAUGUGAUACUGAUAACAUAUUGUGUAGUCCUGAUGAUGAAAUUGAUCAAACAGAACAUUGUUCAGGUCUAGAUGGUAUAUUACAAAAUGGUAGAAAACUUUACAAAGCGCCGUCAGAAGAACAAGAACAGAUAGUUGCUAUUACGACGCCAAAAGAAAAUGAUAAAACGCCAACGUCGUCCGAAAAAGAAAAUGAACACAGAAAUAACGUUUCUUCUUCUACAGUAACAACAACAACCGAUGACGAUAAUCUAACAGACACAUUACCAAUCGUAUAUUUGAAGAAAAAUAAACAAAAAUCCACAACAAGACGAAAUUCACAAUCAAAAAAACGUUCCAAAGAUGAAAAAAUCAAAAAACGAAAAGAAAAAGAGUCAGAUAUUAUUAAAAUACACAUGAAUGUUGACGAACAAGAUAAAAUACAAGAUGAUGACAGUAAUCACUCAGAUAUGCAGCAACGUAAAAAACAAAAAACAAAUGAUAUAAAUGAAGAACAGAUAACUGAACAACCAACACAUGUAUGUGAUGAAGUAGUUACAACAACAGAUGAACAACAAGAGGAAAUACCAUUGUUAGUAGAAAAUCAAUCAUCGCAUCAAAGCAAUGAUAAUGAAGAGUUAUUAGCUCCACUAACAACAAUGACGACGAUUGCAUCAUCGAUAACAUAUUCAACAGCGAAAGAUACUGAAGAUAUCGCAACAUCAUCGCAACAAAUAAAUGAACAGAAUUCAGAUAAUGCAGUAGUAGAUUCUAAUCCAGUCGAUGAAGACAAUUUAAUAGACACAAGGGAGAGGAUACCUACGUAUGCCCAUUUAUUACAUGAUCGUCGUUUAUUAUCAUCGUCAAGUUCGGAUGAAAACAUGAUACUACGUGGUAAAAACAAAUUGGAUAGUGACGAUGAACCAUUAACGAAAAAACGUCAACGAAAAUCUGAUGAAAAUGAUUCACAAAUAAAAAAAACAACUAUUCGUCGAUUAACUGAAAAACAAUACUUAAGCACUUCUACUUCAGACGAUGAUGAUAGUAAUCACAGUAAUAAUAUUCGAAGGCAUAAAAAGCAGUUAUAUAAAAAGAAACGUGUAGUUGUUAAACGUUCAUCAUCGUCAGAAAAAGAUGAAUCAUCCGAUGAUAAUAAGCGAACAUCGAGAAAAAGAACCAGAGAUAAUGAACGAAAAUCACUAUUAAAAUUAAUUAAGAAAAAAACGAUACAAAAAAAUAAGAAGAAAAAAACUGAAAUUGAUGAUAAUGAUCUGACAGAUGUAGAUGCAACAACAAACAACAUUCAAGAGAAUAGUGACGAUGAAUCAAUAUCCGAUACAGAUGAUAACAAUAAUAAUGAUGAUGAUAAAGACGAUACUGAAUCGUCAACAAGAAAAGGUCGAAAAAAUAUUCGAAAAAUCAUCAAAGAUAAAGAAUUACAAGCUCAAACAAAAUCUGCCGUUGAAGCGGAGAAAGAACGACGAAAACGAAUCGAACAAAAACAAAAAGAAUAUAAUGAAAUAUUGUUAAGUCAAUCUGGUUAUUUAGAUCGAAAUAAAAAUGAUAUAAAUAAAAAAUUAAUAUUAGAAAUGAAUAAAGAAACCAAUGAACCAUUAAUUGAAGUUGAUCCAAAAUUAGUGAAAAAUAUGAAACAACAUCAAUUAGAAGGUGUACAAUUUCUAUGGAAUAAUUUAUUUGAAUCGUUAGAGGCUAUUAACGAUAAACGACAUAAGACACAUCGAAAAACGUUACAAGUUAUAUCAUUUAUUCAUACAUUAUUUAAGCAUGAAAAUCUCACUCAUAUUCGUACAUGUCUUGUCUUGUGUCCAAUUAAUGCUGCCUUGAAUUGGAGUACCGAAUUUGAAUAUUGGCUUGAAAAUAUUGAACCAAAAAUUGAUAUUUAUCAGAUAACAUCAAUGAAAUUGAGUGCUCGUAUUCCACAGUUAAAUUAUUGGAAAGAAAAUGGUGGCGUUGUAAUUAUGGGCUAUGAGAUGUAUCGUCGCUUAGCUAAUGGAAUUGGUAUAAAGAAAAAACAAUCAAAAUUAAAAGCACAGGAAUGUUUGGUGAAUCCGGGACCCGAUAUUAUUGUUUGUGAUGAAGGACAUAUUUUGAAAAAUUCUCAAACAGCUCUUGGUAAAGCUGUUAAUCAGGUGAAAACAGCACGUCGAGUUGUAUUAACAGGCACACCAUUACAAAAUAAUUUAAUUGAAUAUUUUUGUAUGGUUAAUUUUAUUAAACCCAAUCUACUUGGUACACAACAAGAAUUUAUCAAUCGUUUUGUUAAUCCAAUUCAAAAUGGUCAACAUCGUGAUAGUAAUAUGGAUGAUGUUAAACUGAUGAAACGGCGUGCUUGUGUUUUACAUGAUUUAUUAACCGGAUGUGUUGAUAGACGUGACUAUUCACUAUUAAAAAACUAUUUACCACCUAAAUUUGAAUAUAUUAUUACUAUAAGAAUGUGUGAUCUUCAACAAACAUUAUACGAAAUGUAUUUAAAACGUGAAGUUGAUGGACAAUCAACAUCGGUUGUAUCAAAAAAAAAUUUUCAAAGUACAAAAUUAUUUACAGAUUAUCAGUAUUUAAUGAAGAUUUGGACACAUCCAUUUAUAUUGAGACCACAUUUUGUUGAUCAAUAUCGACGACGUUUAAUGAAUGAUUUGAUUGAUGAUGAUGAAGAAUUUGAGGCAAUAUUCACAGAUGAAGAUGAAGAAAAUGAGAGAAGAAGAAAGAAGAAGCAAUCAUUGAAAAAACAAACAGAUGGUAUCGAUGAAAUCGAAGAAAUUGAUAUAAAAACAGAUAAUCAACGUUUUCGAGGUUUUAUGAUUGAUAAUAUUGAAGAUGAUGUUGAACUUCCGGAAAUUGAUAAAGAUAUAACAAGUACUCAUUCAAAACAAAAACAACGAAAUGCAUCAUCUUCAACAGCAACAUCUUUGUCUUUGGCAUCCACAACAUCCUCGGAUGUUGAAGAAAUUAAUCUUGAUAAGUAUACUAAGGAGCACAAAUCAGAUGAAAACAGUUGUGAUGAAAUUGUCGUUCGUCGAACAACACGUAGUCGAGCUGCAUAUGCUAAUACAACUACUGAAAAUAAAUCAACAACAAAAAAGAGACUAACUACAAUCCACACUAAUUCGGAUAUAUUUGAUAAUGGUGGGGAUAAUAAUGUACUUGCCAAUAAAAUAGAACUGAAUGGUAAUGGCGUAGAUGUUGAUAAUGAAACUGAGGAUGCUCCGUGGAUGAGUGAAAUGCGUCAACAAUGGUGGUUUCCUUUUAUGAACGAUGAGGAUGAAUUUAAUAUACAACUGAGUGGAAAAAUGACGAUUUUAAAAUCUAUUUUAGAAAAAUGCUCUGAAAUUGGAGAUAAACUUUUAUUAUUUAGUAGAAGUUUAUAUACAUUAAAUUAUAUUGAAAAAUUUUUAAGACAUAUUCACGUGGAAAAUGAAAAAAUUUACAAUGAUAAAUUAGAAAAACGUCGUGAACUUGUCAGAUUAUUAGAAAAUGGUAACGGUAGUGAGAUAAACUGUACAGAUAACGAGAAUCAAAAGUCAACGAUAGAUAUUAGUCAAAUACUUGAAAAUAUACCAGAAUCAGUACAAUGGAUAAAAGAUAUCGAUUAUUUUCGUAUGGAUGGAUCAACCGAUGUUCAAUUACGCAAACGUUAUGCAAAAUCAUUUAAUGAUGAAAAUAAUUUGCGAGCAAGAUUAUUUUUGAUAUCAACAUUGGCUGGUGGUGUAGGCAUUAAUCUAAUUGGAUCUAAUCGUGUUAUUGUGUUUGAUGCCUCUUGGAAUCCAAGUGUUGACACUCAAGCAAUUUUUCGUAGUUAUCGUUUUGGACAAACGAAACCUGUUUAUAUUUACCGUUUUUUGGCCCAUGGUACAAUGGAAGAAAAGAUUUACCAACGACAAGUUAUUAAACAAUCAUUAUCACAACGUGUUAUUGAUGAUCAUCAAUUGACAAGACAUUUUUCUGAAGCUGAUCUCAAAGAAUUGUACAAUUUUACUCCUAAACCACUUCCACCAGCCAGAUCUGAACAAGAAAUAAUUGAUGAUGUCAACUUUCCCAUACCAAAAGAUCAUCUAUUAACUGAUUUAUUAUAUCAACAUAAUCAGUGGAUACAUAGUUAUCAUAGUCAUGAUUCAUUAUUAGAAAAUCGUUUAGAUGAAGGUUUAAGUGCUGAUGAAAAAAAAAUAGCUAUUGAAGAAUAUGAAAAUUUGAAAAAACAACCAGAUAAUUAUCAACAACGUCUCAUACAACAACGUUUACAGCAACAACGUUUACAAGAAAUGAUACAACAUCAAUUUUUAACUAUGAUUGGAUCAAGUCAAAAUCAAGCUCCAAGUUUAUUACCAUCAACAACAACGGAUCAACAUUUACUCACAGCACAAGAUAUAUUUCGACAAUUACUUCAGAAUAUAUCAGAAAAUGAACGUUCAAAUGUUGAUAUGGAAAAAGUUGCUCAAUAUGCCUAUGAUCAAGCGAUUCAAUUAAGACAUCAACGACAAAUGCAUUUGCAAAAUAAUAGUAAUACAUCAACAGAACAACAACGAACAAAUCGUCCACAAACAACAGAUCAUCAAAGAUUACCAACACAACGGCGAGCAAAUCGUGUACGUUUAAAUGAGACAAUUGGUUCAUCAUCUACAACCAUCGAUUCACAAAAUUUAACGACUAAUCCUAAUAAUAGUAAUAAUAAUAACGGCGAUAUUAUUUUAUUAGGCGACAGUGACGAUGAUAAAGAUAGUAGUGUAGCAUAA